CUUCUUUGCUGUUCUCUCUCUCUUCUUCCUUAUCUCUCUCUAGGGUUUGUUUUUUUGCUGUUAUCUCCAUUUGCACCAACCGGAACACGGGAAUCUCCGGCGGAGUCGUCGACUGUUCGAACUCUGGCGCUCUCUUCUCCGGCGAUCUGGUUCUUUGUUUUACUGAUUGUGAUCAAUUUGAGUUGAUCUGUUGAACUUUGGAGUCCGAUUCUCGUGAGAAACCAAUCGGCCAUGUUUAUUCUCGACUGGUUCUAUGGCGUUCUCGCCUCCCUCGGCUUGUGGCAGAAAGAGGCCAAGAUCUUGUUUCUAGGUCUCGAUAAUGCCGGAAAAACGACGUUGCUUCACAUGUUGAAGGAUGAGAGAUUGGUUCAGCAUCAGCCGACUCAGUAUCCGACGUCGGAAGAAUUGAGUAUUGGGAAAAUCAAGUUCAAGGCCUUCGAUUUGGGAGGGCAUCAGAUUGCUCGCAGAGUCUGGAAGGAUUACUAUGCCAAAGUGGAUGCUGUCGUGUACCUGGUGGAUGCCUAUGAUAAGGAGAGGUUUGCAGAAUCCAAGAAAGAAUUGGAUGCACUGCUCUCUGAUGAGGCCUUGGCCAAUGUCCCAUUCCUUGUGUUGGGAAACAAGAUUGACAUACCAUAUGCUGCAUCUGAGGAUGAAUUACGCUAUCACCUUGGUCUGACCAACUUCACCACUGGGAAGGGGAAGGUGAACCUUGCAGACUCAAAUGUCCGCCCCCUUGAGGUAUUUAUGUGCAGCAUUGUACGCAAAAUGGGCUAUGGUGAUGGGUUCAAGUGGCUCUCUCAAUAUAUCAAGUAGGGUAACGUUCAGAAAGAUGUAUUACAGCAAACCUGCCCCUUGCUCAAGAAAAAAAGGAAGGAAAGGAAAAAUAUCAUAAUUAUUCCUCAGGACGAUCAUUCUCAAGGUGGGACAUUUGAAUUGAAUAGUAUUUGCUUUGGAUCUGUGUGAAAGCGGGUGUUUAAUCGUCACUGCUCUGUAAAAUGUACCUGUAUGAGCAAAUCUCCCUCUGGUAUUGUAGUUUUUUAUUUGAUCUUACCAUUUGUUUCUUAAAAGCAUAGAAAAGUGUGGUUUUUUUUUUAUCACUAGCAGUGUCUGGAAUCAUGGUUAAUGUUAGUUGAUUGUUCCUAAGUACCGAGGAUUUGCCC